UAACGAGCAAACACUCCAAGCAGCGGAGGUGGACCAAGGCAAGAAUCUAGUGGGACCCCAAGAAGAACUCUCAAGCUAGCCAGCGUGCUGACCAGACGUCGGUUCCGAGCAACUCCGUGCCGACUAGCAAUAACAUACCCUCACCCACAGAGCUCGAGCAUCGCCACCACCAGAGCAUACAGUGACGAACUACGGACAAGCUGGAUGACGCUGUGGAGGUGAUGCCUCUGGUGAAAACAGCGGUCCAGCCGGGCCCCAACCCCGCAUGCGCCGGCUCCACCUCACCAGGUGACCACAUGGACGACUCCACCACGGUCAUCAAGCGUACCAGAACACCAUCACCUGGUUCUGACAGCCUGAAAGAUGAGAUGGAAAUGGUGGAGCAGUUUGUGAAAGAAUUCAAACAUCGAUAUAGUGGACCGCACAAACACUUGCCAGCAUUUGAAAAAGAUACAUUGGAAAAUAUCUUGCGCAAAGCCAAAAAUUGCUCCCCAAGAGAGAAGCCGCUUGCCAUAUACAUGCAUCAUGACAGAAAUGAGAAUUUCAGCUCAGAUGUACUUUGCUCCAAUUGUGUUGCUGCAUAUUUGAAUGGAAACUUUGUAGUGUGGGGAUGGGACCUCACAUCCAGCAAGCAGAUACACAGAGUUACAAAGCCAAUACGUGGAUAUGUGAGUCCCUCACUGUCAAUGAAGAUAAAGAAUGCAGGGGACAAUCGACUGCCACUCUUAUUAACCAUCUGUUACACCAGCUGGGGUCCUGAGGUCCUCUCUUAUAUACACGGUACUAGCAGUGUGAGUGAUGUCAUGAACUGCUUGACAAUAAGCAAAAGGGUGUUUGAUGACAACCUCUCCAUUGAACUACAAAAGUUAGAAGAAUCUGAAUGCAAGAAAACUGCUUCUUGGAGUAUUCCAUGGAAAGAAGAAAAUAAUGCAACAUUGGAACCAUCCAGAGAGGACAAAGCAAAGCUGAAGCUGAGAGAAACACAUAAAAAAGAAGUAGAGGAGACCAGAAAAAAGGAACUACUUCAGGCCAUGAGCAGUGGGGAUUUGAAUACAAUCCAGAAAAUCCAUGACCAGGGUGGAGAUCUAAAAAUAUUAGUGAAGACAGCCCACCAAGGAAAUGUGACUUGGUGCUUAUUGACUCUGGCAGCAUAUGAUGGCCACACCCACCUGAUUCAGCCACUACUGGAUGCUGGACUUAAUGUGGAUGGUGACCACCAAAAGGAGUCUGGCUUCUUUGAGGAAUUCACCACCAGCUGGACGCCCCUUAUGGUUGCUGCCCGACAAGGCCAUGUCAGGAUGAUUGAGGAAUUGCUCUCUUGUGGUGCAAAUCCUCUUGCAAAAGAUCAAAAAGGUGCUACUGCCCUCCACCAUGCUGCAUUUUGUGGCCAUGUUGCUUGUGUUCGUGUUUUGAGAUCCUGGACCUCACCCGCCAUUACUGACAAUUCUGGUCGCACCCCUAUUCAUGCUGCUUGUCUGAGAGGUCAUCUGCCAGUGAUUAAAUUAUUGGCAGAGUCAGGAUGGAAACUUGAUGCUGUAGAUGAAGAAAACAACACAGCACUCCACAUGAGUAGCUGGUAUGGUUCACUGGAGGUGGUAAAGUACUUGUACAGAGCAGACUCAAACGUCAAUCCUUACAAGAAGAAUCGUGAAAGAUUGACACCUUUUGACUAUGCAGUACGUGAAGGUCACCACCACAUUGAAAGAUGGUUUAUGAAGAUGCAAGGCAGCCACUCUAUGAAUCUCAACUAUACUCACCACCUAAUAGUGAGUCACAAAGUCAUAUUCACUGUUAUAUUUUUUGUCUGCUGGGAAUGAAAUAUUGGCACAUAGGUUUGGAAAGUCUGUAAAAUACGUGGAAAGAGAGAGAGAGAGAGAGAGAGAGAG